AUUUUUUUAUUCUCCUGUGUAGCUUCUUCCUUCUCUUCUCUUCUUCACUCGGGCUUUUUUCUUUCUCUAUACUCCCUCUUCAAUUCCCUUUCCAGAGUCGUGAUUAUUCCUUCUAUUGAUCGAAGGAUCAAUUCUCAAUCUUUUCCUCUGAUAUCUGCGAUGCUCUUACUUCCCAAAUGAGACUGAGAAGAAAGCGGGCACUCCAAGUGCCUCCCAAAAUUAGAUGCUCCAUCAACUGUGUUACUGCGGUUCCACUUGAGAACAUCCAAGAACCUUUAAAAAUUUUUGCAUGGGAGUUUGAUAAGGGAGACUUUCAUCACUGGGUUGAUCUUUUUAACCAUUUCGAUUCAUUCUUUGAGAAGUAUGUAAAACCACGGAAGGAUCUGCAAAUUGAUGACGAUUUUCUGGACUCAGAUCCUCCUUUCCCAAAAGAAGCUGUUCUUCAAAUUCUUCGUGUCAUUAGAAUAAUUUUGGAUAACUGCACAAAUAAACAUUUCUACAGCUCAUAUGAGCAACAUCUUUCAUCAUUGCUUGCUUCUACUGAUCCAGAUGUGGUUGAGGCUACGCUGGACACUUUUGCUACUUUUUUGAAGAAAACAGUCGCAAAGUACUCCAUAAGAGACGCUUCUUUGAAUUCAAAAUUGUUUGCUCUUGCACAAGGAUGGGGUGGAAAGGAAGAGGGACUCGGACUAAUUGCAUCAACUGUACCUAAUGGUUGCGACCCUAUAGCACAUGAAUUGGGCUGUACUCUUCAUUUUGAGUUUUAUGCAGCAAAUGAGUCAGAAAGUGACAUCAAAGGGCCUGAACCUUUGGUCCAAGGGUUGCAAAUCAUUCACUUGAGUGACUUCAAUAAAUGUGUGGAAACUGAUCUUGGGCUUUUGCACAAGUUGGUUACAGAAUAUAAAGUACCUCCCAGUUUAAGAUUUUCUUUGCUGACAAGAUUGCGGUUUGCUAGGGCUUUUGGUUCUUUGGGUUCUAGACAGCAAUACACUUGCAUUCGCUUGUAUGCUUUCAUAAUUUUGAUUCAAGCUGGUGGUGAUGCCGAUGACCUAGUGUCAUUCUUCAAUGCCGAGCCCGAAUUUAUCAACGAAUUGGUCUCACUACUGAGCUAUGAAGAUGCAGUUCUGGAAAAAACUCGGGUUUUAUGUUUGCAUUCAUUAGCUGCUCUUUGCCAAGAUCGUUCCCGUCAACCUUCAGUAUUGACUGCUGUUACAUCUGCCGGGCAUCGUGGCAUUUUAUCUAGCCUGAUGCAGAAAUCCAUUGACUCUGUUAUUAGUGAUACAUCAAAUAGGUCAGUUCACUUUGCUGAAGCUCUAUUAUCUCUUGUAACUGUGUUGGUUUCGUCAUCAUCAGGAUGUUCUGCUAUGCGUGAAGCAGGAUUUAUUCCAACUCUUCUACCUCUACUGAAAGAUUCAAAUCCACAACACUUGCUUCUGGUUGAAAAAGCUGUGCACAUUUUAGAAGCUUUCAUGGAUUACAGUAAUCCAGCUGCUGCAUUGUUUAGAGAUUUGGGAGGUUUAGAUGAUACGAUCGCUCGCUUGAAAGUUGAAGUAUCCCAUGCUGAAAAUGCUGGAAAACAGCCAGAUGAAAAUUCCGAGCCUAGUAGAAAUGUACAUAUGGUUGAAGGUUCUUCAGUUUUGCUAGAUGACAUGCAGUCGUUGUAUUCUGAACCAUUAAUUUCCUACCACCGGAAAUUGCUGAUGAAAGCUCUAUUGCGUGCUAUAUCCCUUGGAACCUAUGCCCCUGGAACUACUACUCGAAUAUAUGAAUCUGAAGAUAACGCGUUGCCUCAGUGCUUAUGUUUAAUUUUCAGACGAGCAAAAGAUUUUGGUGGUGGAAUUUUCUCGCUUGCUGCUACUGUCCUGAGUGAUAUAAUACAAAAAGAUCCUACUUGUUUUCCAGUUAUAGAUGCAGCUGGUCUUCCAUCUGCCUUUUUGGAUGCUAUAAUGGAUGAUGUUCUCAACUCCUCAGAAGCCAUUACAUGCAUUCCCCAGUGUUUGGAUGCUUUAUGCUUAAACAGUAAUGGACUUCAAGCUGUGAAAGAUAGAAAUUCUUUAAGAUGUUUUGUGAAAGUGUUUACUUCCAGAACAUAUUUGCGCAGUCUUACAUGGGAAACACCUGCAUCUUUAUCCAGUGGAUUGGAUGAAUUAAUGCGCCACGCUUCUUCGUUACGGGGGCCUGGAGUGGAUAUGUUAGUUGAGAUUCUAGAAACUAUCUCAAAAAUUGGUUCUGCUGUGGAUCCCUCACCUUUAUGUCCUGAUCCUUGCUCCUCAACCUCUGUUCCUAUGGAAAUGGAUUGUGGGGACAGGAAUUUCAUCUUGCCUGAUAAUAAGGAGUCAUCAAAGGCAGAUGACACUAAGCUGAUCAAUGAGCCAUGUCAUGAUGCGUCCAUAAUAAAUAUUGAGUCUUAUCUUCCAGAUUGUGUAAACAAUGUGGCUCGUCUGCUUGAGACAAUUCUACAGAAUGCUGACACAUGUCGAGUAUUUGUUGAGAAAAAGGGGAUUGAAGCUGUUCUUCAGUUAUUUACAUUGCCGUUAAUGCCACCUUCUGUUUCUGUAGGGCAGAGCAUCUUUGCUGCCUUCAAAAACUUUUCUCCACAGCAUUAUGUUUCUCUUGCUCGGACUUUAUGCUCGUUCUUGAGGGAACAUUUGAAAUCUACCAAUGAGCUUUUAGAUUCAAUUAGAGGAACUCAACUUGCUUUAGUUGAAUCCGCAAAGCAGACAAAGGUGUUGAAAUACAUUUCUAGUCUUGAAGGUGUCUUGGCUCUCUCUGUAUUUUUGUUGAAGGGAACAACUGCUGUGGUCUCUGAACUAAGCACUUCUGAUGCUGAUGUAUUAAAAGAUAUUGGGAGAACAUACAAAGAAGUAAUUUGGCAAUUAUCUUUGUGCAAUGACUCCAAGACAGAGGAAAAGAAGAAGAAUGGUCUAGAACCUGAGAUUUUGCAAGCACCUUUAUCUACUACUGUUGUCGAAAGAGAUAGUGAUGAAGAUGCAAAUAUGCAGACAUUUAGAUACACAAACCCAGUUUUUGCUAGGACUGGUUCACAUUCCCCGUGGAGUGGAGAGCGUGAUUUUGUUUCUGUAGUUCGUUCUGGAGAAGGUUUGCAUCGCCGUACUCGACAAGGGAUAGCCCGCAUGCGCGGUGGAAGGACUGCUCGUCGCUUAGAAGCUUUAAACAUUGAUUCUGAAGCAUCUUCUAGUGCACUGCAGGCAUCUUCAUCUCGAGAUUCGAAAAUGAAAAGCCCUGAUGUUCUUGCCUUAGAGAUUCUUAACAAACUGGCUUCAACAAUGCGCUCUUUCUUCACUGCUCUCGUGAAGGGGUUCACUUCACCAAAUCGCCGUCGAGCUGACUCAGGGUCACUUGGCUCAGCUUCAAAGGCCCUCGGAACUGUUUUAGCUACGAAUUUUCUUGACGCUUUUGGUUUUUCUGGACAUUCUACAUAUGAUGGACUUGAUACUCCACUUUCUGUAAAAUGUAGAUAUCUUGGGAAGGUUGUGGAUGAUAUGGCAGCUCUCAUAUUUGACAGCAGACGCAGAAGUUGUUAUCCUGCCAUGGUUAAUAACUUUUAUGUGCACGGAACAUUUAAAGAGUUAUUGACAACAUAUGAAGCUACUUGUCAGUUGCUAUGGACUCUUCCGCGCUCUAUCCCAACAUCAGAUAUUGAUCUUGGAAAGAUAGAACAAGGAGCCAAACUGUCCCAUAGUACAUGGCUACUUGAUACAUUACAAAGCUACUGUCGCUUGCUUGAGUACUUUGUAAAUUCUUCUUUGCUUUUGUCCCCAACCUCAGCAUCUCAGACAGAGCUUCUUGUUCAGCCAGUUACUGUUGGCCUGUCAAUUGGGCUCUUUCCAGUUCCAAGAGACCCAAAAGUUUUUGUAAGUCUGCUGCAAUCUCAGGUUCAGGAUGUAAUCCUACCAAUCUGGAAUCAUCCCAUGUUUUGUAGUUGUAGUCCUGGUUUUGUUGCAUCAAUUAUUUCACUUGUUACACAUGUAAGUUCUGGUGUUGGAGAUGUGAAGCGAAAUCAAAAUAACAUUUUGGGAAGUACAAACCAACGUUUUAUUCCCCCUCCACCUGACGAGGCAACGAUUGCAACUAUUGUUGAGAUGGGUUUUUCAAGGGCAAGGGCUGAAGAAGCACUGAGAAGAGUGGAAACAAAUAGUGUUGAAAUGGCUAUGGAGUGGCUGUUUAGUCAUGCUGAUGAUCCUGUCCAGGAGGAUGAUGAGCUUGCACAGGCUCUUGCUCUAUCCCUUGGAAAUAGUUCUGAAACUACUAAAGUUGAUAGUGCCGAGAAGACUGAUGAUGUGACAACUGAAGAGGGACAAAUGAAGAAACCUCCAGUUGAUGAUAUACUUGCUGCAUCUAUGAAGUUGUUUCAGAGUAGUGAUUUAGUGGCCUUUCAACUGACAGAUUUGCUUGUAACGCUUUGCAACCAGAACAAAGGGGAAGUUCGUCCAAAAGUAAUAUCUUAUCUGUUGCAGCAGCUAAAACUUUGUCCAUUGGACUUUUCCAUGGAUAACUGUGCCUUAGGCGCAUUAGCACAUAUUAUAGCAUUACUUCUUGUGGAGGAUGGAAGUACAAGGGAAAUUGCAUCUCAGAAUGGAAUUAUAUCUACCAUUAUAGAUAUCCUGAUAAGCUUGAAAGACAGUCUCAAGUUGGGGAAAGAACUUCCAGUCUCUAAAUGCAUUAGUGCUUUACUACUUAUCUUGGAUCAAAUGUUGCAGUCAAGGCCAAAGAUUGAAAAUAUGGAAGGAGGAACCCAAACUGGUUCCAUGCCUGACUCAUCUGCGGAGCAUGGUUCCCUGCUAUUUCCUGAUAUAGUUGCACAUGAGGAAAACAAAAUAGAUGGGAGUGAAAAAAAACCUGAAAUGGCUUUUGAGAAUAUACUUGGGAAAUCUACUGGCUUUGCUACUAUUGUUGAGUCUCAUAUGUUGUUGGAUAUUGCAUGUGAUUUGAUAAAACAACACGUGCCUGCUGUGGUCAUGCAGGCUGUUCUACAGUUAUGUGCUCGGUUAACAAAAACACAUGCUUUGGCUAUGAAGUUUCUCGAAAAUGGAGGCGUGGCUGCUCUUUUUAGUCUUCCAAGGAAUUGUUUUUUUCCUGGCUAUGACACUGUUAUAUCAACUAUAGUUAGGCAUCUUCUUGAAGAUCUUCAAACACUACAAACAGCUAUGGAGUUGGAGAUACGACAAACUUUAAGUGCUAAUCGCCAUUCGAGGCGUCUUUCUGCUCGAUCAUUUUUGACAUCUUUGGCACCAGUUAUAUCUAGAGAUCCUAUUGUUUUCAUGAAAGCUGCAGCUGCAGUUUGUCAGUUAGAGAUAUCAGGGGGAAGGACAGUAAUUGUGUUAUCAAAGGAGAAAGAAAAGGAAAAAUCAAAAACAUCGAGUACUGAGGCCACAAAUGAAUGUCUCCGAAUAUCUGAAAGCAAGUCACCUGAUGGAUCGGGCAAAUAUCUGAAAAGCCACAAAAAGGUUCCAGUGAAUCUCACUCUAGUAGUUGAUCAACUUCUUGAGAUUGUGCUGAAGUACCCACCGAUGGAAGGCCGAGAAAAUUUUGAGUGUGAUGCUUCUUUAAUGGAUAUAGAUGAGCCUACUAUGAAGGUGAAGGGGAAAUCGAAGGUUGAGGAGACAGUGAUAUUAGAACCUGAGUCUGAAAGGUCUGCAGAAUUGGUGAAGGUGACUUUUGUCCUUAAGUUAUUGAGUGACAUUCUUCUAAUGUAUGGACAUGCAGUUGGUGUCAUACUCAAACGUGAUUCUGAAAUGUGUCAAUUUCGUGGGUCUAGUCAACCAUCUGGACAUAAUGGCAUUAUCCAUCAUGUAUUACAUCGGUUGCUACCACAUUCUGUUGACAAAUCUGCAGGACCUGAUGAUUGGAGAGGUAAGUUGUCUGAAAAGGCUUCAUGGUUCCUGGUAGUUUUGUGUGGUCGGUCUGGUGAAGGUCGUAAGCGAGUGACUAAUGGGCUUGUUAAAGAAUUGACAUCUUUUUCAAAUUUCGAGAGCAACUCUUUGAAAGGCAGUUUAUCCCCUGAUAAAAGGCUUUUUACUUUUAUUGAUCUAGUGUAUUCUAUAUUGUCAAAAAAUUCAUCAUCUGGUAGCCUACCUGGUUCUGGAUAUUCACCUGAUAUUGCACAAAGCUUGAUUGAUGGUGGAAUAAUUACAUGUCUAACUAGAAUCCUGGAAGUGGUCGAUUUGGAUCAUCCUGAUGCACCCAAAUUUGCAAAUCUUAUACUCAAAGGUUUAGACUGUCUUGCAAGAGCUGCUAAUGCCAGUGAGCAGAUCUAUAAAUCUAAGGGGGUUGAAAAGAGAAGAUCUGAUGGUUUGAAUGAUAGAUCUGAUGAUCAAAUAACAACACCUUCUGCACUUGAAACCGUGUCACAUGAUCAGAAUGUGAGCGGUCAAGAAGCUCUCAGAGAAAUGAUGGAUAAUGCACAUAAUCAAAGAACUUCCCAAGGUGACCAUUAUGCUGAUAAUCCAAACCAGUCAGUUGAACAAGUUAUGAGGGUAGAAGAAGAGGAGACAAUAUCCCCAAAUACACCAGUGGAGCUGGGAAUGGACUUCAUGCAUGAAGGGAUGGGAGAAGGAAGUGUCUUGCGCAAUCCAGAGCAAAUUGACGUGGCUUUUCAUGUUGAGAAUAGGGCAGAUAGUAACAUGGGAGAUGAAGAUGAUGAUAUGGCUGAUGAUGAUGAGGAGGAUGAUGAUGAGGAUGAUGGAGAGGAUGAAGAUGAAGAUAUAGCAGAAGAUGGCGGGGGCAUGAUGUCUAUGGCUGAUACUGAUGUGGAGGAUCAUGAUGAUACUGGCUUGGGGGAUGAAUACAAUGAUGAAAUGAUUGAAGAAGAUGACGAUGAUUUUCACGAGAACCGCGUCAUAGAGGUGAGAUGGAGGGAAGCUCUUGAUGGAAUGGAUCACUUGCAGGUACUUGGGCAGCCUGGAACUGCUGGCGGUCUUAUAGAUGUAGUUGCCGAACCUUUUGAAGGGGUUAAUGUUGAUGACCUUUUUCGUCUUCAGAAUUUUGAACGUCGCCGCCAGACAGGUAGAUCUUCUUUUGAGAGACCUGCCUCUGAAAUAAAUGGUUUUCAACAUCCUCUGCUUGUAAGGCCAUCACAAUCCGUUGAUUUUGUCUCAAUGUGGCCAUCAGGUGGUAAUUCUGCAUCCCGGGAUUCAGAAACUCAGUCAUCCAGGAAUCUCGAUAUGGCCCAUUUCUACAUGUUUGAUACACCUAUUCAUCCAUAUGAUACCGUUCCAAGUAAUCUGUUUGGAGACCGUUUGGGUAGUGUAGCACCACCACCUCUGACUGAUUAUUCUGUGGGUAUGAGUUCAUUACACCUACCUGGAAGAAGAGUGUUAGGUAAUGGUAGGUGGACUGACAACGGUCAACCACAAGGAGGUGCUCAAGCAGCAGCCAUUGCACUAGCAGUGGAGGAACAGUUUUUAGCUCAGAUGAGUAGCAUAGAUCCUACAAGCAGUCCUACUGAACAUAAUGUACAUAACUCUGAAGAACAAGAGAAGCAAUCUGAUGUCCUUCCAUCACAUGAUGGUCCUGUGUUGACUGUUGGGGCGGACUCUAAUUGUCAGCAAUUUGCAGGUCAGGAGCAGGAAAAUGGUAUUGAAGCCAUAGCUCAACAAAUAAACCUUUCAGUUGAUGGUGCUCCUUGUGAGGAAGAGAUAAAUGUAGACUAUGGUGUUCAAGAUCCAGGGGAAGGCCUGCAUACUAACGAGCCUGUGUCAGUUCAGCCAGUUUCACUGAACCUCAUGCCAAAUAAUCUUGAUUGCACCGAAAAUGAAAUAAAUAAUACCCCCAGUGAGAAUGUACAAUACGGACGGGAUCCUGAUGUACCUACCAACAACCAUAAUGUGCCAGUUGUACCAAUGGGUUGCAAUGGAACAUCAAAUGUUGAUGGGCAGCCUACUAAUCUUGGGUUACCAGGCUCUGGUUUUGAGGAUACUAAUCCAAAUGAUUGUCCUGCAUCAUCAGUUUAUGCUAGUGUUGAUGUUAAUAUGGGCGGUGUUGAUACUGAAAGAAACCAAUCAGGGCAACCAACUGUUUCUGAAGACAUAAGGGGUGAGCUGUUAUCAACUCAGAACACACAAGUUAUUCUGGAUGAAACUCAAGCUGAACAAACUAGUGCAAAUAAUGAGGCUGCUGAUGCAAAUACAAUUGACCCUACAUUUUUGGAGGCUCUUCCUGAAGAUCUGCGAGCAGAAGUUUUGGCAUCCCAGCAAGCUCAACCGGUUCAGCCUCCAGUUUAUGCACCACCUUCUGCAGAAGAUAUUGAUCCGGAGUUUUUAGCUGCUCUUCCUCCAGAUAUUCAAGCAGAGGUUUUGGCCCAACAAAGAGCUCAAAGGGUUGUCCAGCAGGCUGAAGGACAGCCAGUUGACAUGGAUAAUGCUUCUAUAAUUGCAACUUUUCCUGCUGAUUUGCGUGAAGAGGUGCUUUUAACUUCUUCUGAAGCAGUUCUGUCAGCACUGCCGUCUCCAUUGCUUGCUGAAGCUCAAAUAUUGAGGGACCGAGCAAUGGGUCUUUAUCAAGCCCGCAGCCUUUUUGGGAGCAGUCACAGGCUUAACAAUAGAAGAAAUGGCUUGGGAUUUGUUCGGCAGCCUGUGAUGGAUCGGGGUGUCGGAGUUACAAUAGACAGGAGGUCCGCUCUUAUGGAUGCCUUGAAGGUGAAGGAGAUUGAAGGUGAGCCACUACUUGAUGCAAAUGCAUUAAAAGCUUUAAUCCGGCUUCUUCGAUUGGCACAACCGCUUGGGAAAGGCCUUCUGCAGAGACUCUUGUUAAACUUAAGUGCACAUAAUCUAACAAGGGCCACUCUUAUUUAUCUUUUGCUUGAUAUGAUUAAGCCGGAAGCUGAAGGUUCUGAAAGCAGACCAGCGACUUUAAAUUGCCAGAGGCUUUAUGGUUGUCACUCAAAUACAGUAUAUGGCCGAUCUCAAUUAUUGGAUGCAGGUCUUCCUCCCCUAGUGCUCCGCCGGAUUCUUGAGAUUCUGACUUACUUGGCCACAAAUCAUUCUGGUGUUGCAAAAAUGUUGUUUCACUUUGACCAAUCAAUUACAGAUUUAUCAAAUUCAUCUGCGACACAUAUGAAUGGGAAAGGAAAGGAAAUGGUUACUGAAAGGGGACAUUCACCUAAACUUUCUGGAGCUCAUGCAGGGGCUGUUCCACUUGUUCUUUUUUUGAAGCUCUUGAAUCGACCCUUAUUUUUACGCAGCACUGCUCAUCUUGAGCAGGUCAUGGGUCUGAUUCAAGUUGUAGUUGAUACUGCUGCAUCAAAACUAGAAAGUCAAUCUCAAUCUGAAAAAGCAAUAGCAGAUACCCUAAAUUUGUCAGUUAAUGAAGCUGAGAAGGACCCCCCUUUAGUGGAGUUAGACUCUAAUCAACAAGAUAAGCACGCUGAUACAAAAGCACGUCCUUCCAAUGGAAAGAAGAAUCUAGAUAUGUACAAUAUCUUCUUGCAGUUGCCCCAAUCUGAUUUGCGGAAUAUGUGCAAUCUUCUUGGUCAUGAAGGGCUUUCGGAUAAAAUGUAUAUGCUUGCUGGUGAGGUGCUGAAAAAGUUGGCCUUCAUUGUUUCCUCUCAUAGGAAGUUCUUUAUUUUAGAGCUUUCGGAAUCAUCUCAUGCACUGACAGGUUCAGCUGUCAGCGAUCUUGUUACCUUGCAGCAAAGAAAUAUGCUUGGCUUGGGUGCUGGUUCUAUGGCUGGUGCUGCCAUUCUACGAGUGCUGCAAGCUCUAAGUUCCCUCAUUUCACUUGAGACUUCAGGUUAUAUGGAUUUGGAAAGUGAUGUAGAUCAGCAAGACGACAAAGCAAUUAUUUGGAAUUUGAAUACUUCACUCGAGCCACUGUGGCAAGAACUGAGUAAUUGUAUAAGUGCAGCUGAGAUGCAACUUGGCCAAGGCUCUUUCUCUCCUAAUAUGUCAAACAUUCAUGUUGCUGAGAAUUUGCAUGGUUCCUCUACUUCUCCACCACUUCCUCUCGGGACACAAAGACUCCUGCCUUUCAUUGAGGCUUUCUUUGUUUUGUGUGAAAAGCUACAAGCAAACGAAUCUAUCAUGCAGCAGGACCAUGGCAAUGCAACUGCCAGAGAAGUCAAGGAGUUUGCCAGUUGUUCAGCUUCAAUGAAUGGGAAUUUUAUUGGAGAUUCAAAGCGAAAGCUAGAUGGUGCUUUUACAUUUACAAGGUUUGCCGAGAAGCAUCGUCGGCUUACUAAUGCUUUCAUUAGGCAGAGUCCAAGUUUGUUGGAGAAAUCUCUGUCCAUGAUGCUCAAGGCCCCAAGACUGAUUGACUUUGAUAAUAAGAGAGCCUAUUUCCGCUCAAGAAUUAGGCAACAACAUGACCAACACUUGUCUGGGCCGCUGCGUAUAAGUGUAAGGCGGGCUUACAUUUUGGAGGACUCAUAUAAUCAAUUAAGGAUGCGUCCUACUCCAGAUCUCAAGGGGCGAUUAAAUGUGCAAUUUCAAGGUGAAGAGGGUAUUGAUGCUGGUGGUCUGACCAGAGAAUGGUAUCAGCUACUAUCAAGGGUCAUAUUUGACAAGGGUGCUUUACUUUUCACAACAGUGGGCAACAAUGCAACUUUCCAACCAAACCCUAACUCUGUUUACCAGACUGAACACCUCUCAUACUUUAAGUUUGUAGGCCGAGUGGUGGGAAAGGCGUUGUUUGAUGCACAACUAUUGGAUGUUUACUUUACCCGAUCUUUCUACAAGCAUAUACUCGGUGUUAAGGUUACAUACCAUGACAUUGAAGCGGUUGAUCCUGAUUACUACAAGAAUUUGAAAUGGAUGUUGGAGAAUGAUGUAAGUGAUAUUCCUGACUUGACAUUUAGCAUGGACGCCGAUGAAGAAAAACUCAUACUUUAUGAAAAGAAUGAGGUCACUGAUUAUGAGCUUAAACCUGGAGGAAGGAACAUAAAGGUUUCAGAAGAAACAAAGCAUGAGUAUGUUGACCUUGUUGCUGAACAUCUUCUGACUAAUGCCAUCCGACCUCAAAUCAACUCUUUUCUAGAAGGUUUUCAUGAAAUGGUGCCACGGGAACUUAUAUCAAUCUUUAAUGACAAAGAGCUUGAGCUACUCAUCAGUGGUCUUCCAGAAAUUGAUUUGGAUGAUUUGAAAGAAAAUACUGAGUAUACUGGCUACACUGUUGCAUCAAAUGUUAUUCAAUGGUUUUGGGAGGUGGUUAAAUCUUUCAACAAGGAAGACAUGGCUAGAUUACUGCAAUUUGUGACAGGAACAUCAAAGGUUCCGUUGGAGGGUUUUAUAGCCUUGCAAGGCAUCUCUGGUUCCCAAAGGUUUCAGAUUCACAAGGCAUAUGGAGCUCCUGAUCGACUUCCAUCAGCUCAUACUUGCUUCAAUCAACUAGAUCUUCCUGAGUACACCUCUAAGGAACAGCUUCAAGACCGUUUAUUACUUGCCAUCCAUGAGGCUAGUGAAGGGUUUGGUUUUGGUUGACCCUUUAUACAAAGUUUUUGCACAGCAGUUCUACCAUCAUAUCAUUGACGUGUCAUCUAAAGAAGAUGGGAAGUCACCUGGACUGUUAUCCUGUUGAGGAAAUGCUCUAUUGGUAUAAUAGCAUCGCAAUGAGACAUUCUCUGAUGCCCAACCAGUAAAAAGGCUAGAAUUUUGGUUUUACCAAUUCUGCCAUGCCUAGAUUUGAGAGCUUUUAAAUUGAGAAUGGAUUGCCUCCAUACUGCGACAAGCUGUUGAAGUUAUGUACAUAUUCUGGAGUUCAAAUUGAUGCUUUUCUCUGGAAAGAAAUGGUUUCAAUCAUCAAAAGAAGUUUGACCGAUGGCGUUUUUAAUGUACAGUUCCGGUGAAGUUAUGAUGGAACAUGGUAACAUAUUUGUUAUGGUCACAUUUUUGUUGCAUCGCAGCAAUACAGCUGUAAUAGAAUUCCAUUAACUUUAUUCAUUAUUUCUAACUGUCUAAUAAUUAUCCCUUUUGAUAUCAUUUUGUUGCCUCUGUUAUAAUGUCCAAACUUUUGAUUUUGGACGAAGCUAUCAACAAAUAAAGCUUGUAAUCAUAUCAUGGUGCCACUAAGUAAUUAGCAUCAGAAACAAUUUAGAUGCACAUAUUUAGCAUGA